UUGGAAAAGUUUUUAUAAUAACGAGGGGGCGUCCGGAGGGAGGAGGCCGCGGCGGAGGAGGGGGCGUCUCAGAGAAGGGGAGGGAGAGAGCCACGGGUGACGAUAACGGCAACCUCCUGAGCACCCCCCUCCCAUCCAGACCCGGACCUGGGGUCUCCGGCCGGAUCCAUGGGGGCAGCAAGCUGCGAGGAUGAAGAGCUGGAAUUUAAGCUGGUGUUCGGGGAGGAAAAGGAGGCCCCUCCGCUGGGCGCGGGGGGAUCGGGGGAAGAACUGGACUCAGAGGACGCCCCACCAUGCUGCCGUCUGGCCCUGGGGGAGCCCUCUCCCUAUGGCGCUGCCCCUAUUGGCAUUCCCCGGCCUCCACCCCCUCGGCCUGGCAUGCACUCACCACCACCCCGCCCAGCCCCCUCACCUGGCACUUGGGAGAGCCAGCCAGCCCGGUCAGUGAGGCUGGGGGCCCCAGGAGGGGGCUCCGGGGGGGCUGGGGGAAGCCGUGUUCUUGAGUGUCCCAGCAUCCGCAUCACUUCCAUCUCUCCCACGCCGGACCCGCCUGCCGCGCUGGAGGACAGCCCGGACGUCUGGGGGGAUGGCUCCCCCAGGGAUUACCCCCCACCAGAAGGCUUUGGGGGCUACCGAGAGGCAGGGGGCCAGGGAGGGGGCCCCUUCUUCAGCCCGAGCCCUGGCAGCAGCAGCCUGUCCUCGUGGAGCUUCUUUUCAGACGCUUCCGACGAGGCAGCUCUGUAUGCCGCCUGCGAUGAGGUGGAGUCCGAGCUAAAUGAGGCUGCCUCCCGCUUCGGCCUGGGCUCUCCACUGCCGUCACCCCGGGCCUCUCCUAGGCCAUGGACCCCAGAUGAUCCCUGGAGCCUGUAUGGUCCCAGCUCUGGAGGCCGGGGGCCAGAGGAUAGCUGGCUACUCCUCAGUGCUCCUGGGCCCACCCCUGCCUCCCCACGGCCUGCCUCUCCAUGUGGCAAGCGGCGUUAUUCCAGUUCAGGGACCCCAUCUUCGGCCUCCCCAGCUCUGUCCCGCCGUGGCAGUCUCGGGGAGGAGGGGCCUGAGCCCCCUCCACCACCCCCAUUGCCUCUUGCCCGGGAUCCUGGCUCCCCUGGUCCCUUUGACUACGUGGGAGCCCCACCUGCGGAGAGCAUACCCCAGAAGACCCGGCGGACUUCCAGUGAGCAGGCAGUGGCCCAGCCUCGGUCUGAGGAACCUACCCCCUGCAAUGGGAAACUGUCUUCUGGAGCAGAGGAGGCCGGGGCUCCCCCUGGGGGUCCUCGGAAGGAAGUGGCUGGCAUGGACUACCUGGCUGUGCCCUCCCCUCUUACUUGGUCCAAGGCCCGGAUUGGGGGACACAGCCCCAUCUUCAGGACCUCUGCCCUACCCCCACUGGACUGGCCUCUGCCCAGCCAGUAUGAGCAGCUGGAGCUGAGGAUUGAGGUGCAGCCUAGAGCCCACCACCGGGCCCACUAUGAGACAGAGGGUAGCCGCGGAGCUGUCAAAGCUGCUCCUGGUGGUCACCCUGUAGUCAAGCUCCUAGGUUACAGUGAGAAGCCCCUGACCCUACAGAUGUUCAUUGGCACUGCAGAUGAAAGGAACCUGAGGCCCCAUGCCUUCUAUCAGGUGCACCGUAUCACCGGCAAGAUGGUGGCCACGGCCAGCUAUGAGGCUGUAGUCAGUGGCACCAAGGUGUUGGAGAUGACUCUGCUUCCUGAGAACAACAUGGCAGCCAACAUUGACUGUGCUGGAAUCCUGAAGCUUCGGAAUUCAGACAUUGAACUGAGGAAGGGGGAGACAGACAUUGGGCGCAAGAACACACGUGUGCGGCUGGUAUUCCGGGUCCAUGUGCCCCAGGGCAGCGGGAAGGUCGUCUCCGUGCAGACAGCAUCUGUGCCCAUCGAGUGUUCUCAGCGCUCAGCCCAGGAGCUGCCUCAGGUGGAGGCCUACAGCCCCAGUGCUUGCUCUGUGAGAGGAGGAGAGGAACUUGUGCUGACUGGCUCCAACUUCCUGCCAGACUCCAAGGUGGUAUUCAUCGAGAGGGGCCCUGAUGGAAAGCUGCAGUGGGAGGAGGAGGCCACAGUGAACCGGUUGCAGAGCAAUGAGGUCACACUAACCCUGACUGUCCCUGAGUACAGCAACAAGCGGGUGUCUAGGCCCAUCCAGGCCUACUUUUAUGUUUCCAACGGACGGAGGAAGCGCAGCCCUACCCAGAGUUUCAAGUUCCUGCCUGUGAUCUUUAAGGAGGAGCCUCUGCCAGACACAUCUCUCCGGGGCUUCCCUUCAGCAUCGGGUCCCCCCUUUGGCACUGACAUGGACUUCUCACCACCCCGGCCCCCUUACCCCUCUUAUCCCCAUGAUGACCCUGGUUAUGAAACUCCUUACCUGACAGAAGGCUUCAGCUAUGGCACAUCCCCUCUGUAUCCCCAGACAGGGCCCCCACCAUGCUACAGAUCUGGCCUGCGGUUGUUCCCUGAGACUGGGUGUACCACAGGUUGUUCCCGCCCACCUCCAGUCUCCUUCCUUCCCCGGCCCUUCCCCAGUGAUCCCUAUGGAGGACAGGGCUCCCCUUUUCCCCUGGGGCUGCCAUUCCCUCCUCCAGCCCCCUUCCGGCCUUCCCUGCCUUCAUCCCCACCUCUUGAAGGUCCCUUUCCUUCCCAGAGUGGUGUCCGUGCCCCAUCUGCUGAGGGAUUCAAUGAGGUAGGGCCAAGCUAUGGCCCUGGGGAGGGGGCUCCGGAGCAGGAGAAAUCCAGGGGUGGCUACAGCAGCGGCUUCCGAGACAGUGUCCCUAUCCAGGGUAUCACGCUGGAGGAAGUGAGUGAGAUCAUUGGCCGAGACCUGAGUGGCUUCCCUGCACCUCCUGGAGAAGAGCCUCCUGCCUGAACCAUCACCUGGCAACCCUACCCCCACCCCCACCCCCAGCACUGCCCACUUUUCCUUCCUCCUGGUGUGGUGGUUCCAGAAGCUUGGGGACAAUCUGGUUCCUCUUUCCCCAGCUUUGCCUCCUCCUUCCUGCUCCUAGCUCCCUGCCCCUAGCUGAGGUGUGGUUCCCAGGGCCUGAUGCUGCCUUGGAGGGCCGGGAUGGAGUGGAGACUGAGUCUGAGUGCCAGGACUGACUGGAGUGAAGCCUGUGUCUAGAUUGUGUCCAGGCCAUGGUGCUGGGAGCCUGGGGACAGGUUGAUGGGUAAAUAAACUGCUCACUUGCUAGUGCUUCAGGCUCCAGGACUCUUUGGAGAGUGAUGAGGCCGCUUACUCCAGCCCUGGCCCAAGGAGGCUUAGAGGUUGGAAAGAGAUAGAAUGUGGCUGGGAACAUUGCAUCCUAAAGAAUUUGUCACUGGAGAGGGAGCAGGAGAAGGUUUGAAGGGGCUCCAGAGGCUCCCUAACUGGGGUGAGGUUAGGAACCAGGUCUUGAGUAGGACUGUCCUCCCCAGGGAUUCAGAUUCCUUUAGGAGCCUUGGGAUGGGGCCUGGGGAUCUGUAUAUUUUUAACUUCUUUACUUUUGUGGCCACCCAGAUGAUUCUGAUUCAUAGCAAAGGUCACGAAACAUUAGUCUAGGACCUCUCCCUAAUUUUAUAGAAGGAAUCUGAGGCUCAGAGGGGGAAAGGGGUUUGCCCAAGGUUGCCCAGCUAAUCAAUAGUAGGUUAAUUACUCCUGCCCCAGCCUACACUCAAAUGCCCUGACCCACGAGGCUCAGGCCCCUUAGGCCCACCUCCCUGGGGAAGGGCAGCAGGUGAGGAAGGGUCAUCAUGGGUUCAUCCGCUCUGGAUCCUCCCAUGCUUGGGAACUGUGAGGACAUUCUGGAAAGGUCUGUGCUUCAGAGGUAUACUGUUGGGAGCCAAGCAGCUCCCCAGCAGUUCUGAUGCCACAUGCCCUGGCCCAGGGCAUUGUAUGAGCUCCUGGCCUGUCCUGCAGGCACCCACAUAUCACCACUGACAGGCCAGGGCUGGAAACCUGGUUUGUCCCCUGUCUUGACAGCCUAUGGGUUGGAGAAAGUCAGACCUUGUCUGCCCUGCUCACCUGGAGCCUGACACACUGUAAGCUCUGAGUACCACCUGCCUGAGUCGGCUAGGCUCAGUUGCAGGGGGUGGUACCUAAAAGAUACUUGGGGAGUUAGGACUUGGGACACUUGACCUCACCUCACAGGUGGUGGGGUCUCUCUAUGCCCAGUGGAUCCAAACAGGCCUGGCAAGUACCUGUGUGUUCAGACGCUGGCUCUAGGUCAGAAGACCAGAGAACCACAAUGCUCCCUGCAACCCCAGCCUCCAGGUAGUGGCUUUGCAAUGAAUUUCCUUACCUUCCUCAACACAAAUUGCUGUGAAUCAAACUGACAUCAGGUGAUUAGCUUACUGGGCUUUGGCUGCUUUUUAAAGAUACCCUCCAGCAGGGGCCAGUCAUUACCCUGUAAUCUCCAUCAGGAGGGACCCUAGAGUGCAUGUAGAACAUCAGCUUUCCUCAGCUCCACCCCCAAGAUGUCUGAAAGGGGUGGGUCAGCCUUUGUGAAGGAAAAGCUGUAGUGAUUGGCACGCACUGCCUCUCAAGGCAGAUGGUUUCAUUUUCUGCCAGGGCACUGCCAUUCAUUCAUUGCCAGACAUUUAUCCUGCAGCUACUAAGUAGUAGCCAGUGGGCCCUGGAGGACUUCUUAGGCUCACGGGGGAACAGUAAGUAAACAGCUCAUAAAAAUUCAACAUUUCAACAGUAGGUAUUUCUUGUACAGUUAGUGUGUCAGGUUUUGGGUGGGGUUUAGAGAAUAAUUUUAAUACAGGGUGCAGAAGGAGCAGAGAGCAGGGCAAUCAGUGCAGCUAUGGGGGUUAGAGAGAACUUCAGGGCAUGACUCCUAGAAUGAGAAUGUGAAGCUUGAUGGAAUUGACCAGGCCAAGAAUAGGGGAAGGGCAGGUCAGGCGAGCACCGGAAUGGGCAAUGCUGGAAGAGGGAGGCAAACAGGAAGGCUAAUGGAUGGAGGGCUUGGCACCCUUUGAGGUUCUGUUUGGUUGGGUGGAGGACAGGUGAAGUUCUGAAAGUGCAUGACUGUGAGGAGAAACUGGAGAGGGAAAUAGGGGCUGGAUUCUGAGAGGCCUUGUGGCCAUGCCAGGGAAUUCAGUUAUCCCAGUAUGAUGGGAGUUUCCCACUAGACAGUAUGCUUUAAGGUGGGAGUGGUAACAAUAGAUUUGCCAUAAAGGUCUUCCUCAGUUUGGGCUGACAUCAGUCUCCCUGGCACUGCUCUGCAAGGGCCUAGUUCUGCCCUCUGGGCCCAUACUUUACAGGCCUAACCCUUCUUCCUAUUGGAAUUUUUGUGUGGGCCCACCUCCCAGGGUCAUUGCUUUUUCCCAGGAUCCCUACAGACAUUUGGCUCCCUGAGGCUGGAUCUUCAGCUGGUGCCGGAAAAGACUUUCUUGGCCAGGGUUUCUCCAAAGUGUGGUCUGAGGAUUUCUUGUAUUUGAAUCACUAAGGAGUUUUAUUUUGGUUUUGGGUUUUUUGUUUAUUUUCUGUUUUGGUUUUUAAUGUAGAUUCCUAGGCAACCCUUGACUUACUCAGUUAUAUUUGUGGGGAGUAAGAUCCAGGUAUCUGCAUUUUAAAGAGGAACCCUAGAUGAUUCUUCAGCAUAGGAAAGCUUGACAACUAGAGUCAUUUGUCAAUUAAGUGUCACUUCUUCCUACACUAAAAUCUCCCUGCCCUUUUUUCACAGAUCUUGUCUGGGCUGCCCUGGGUGAAGUAUCACCUGGAAAAGUGUAUUUAGGAGAGGGGGAAGGGCACACAUAUUCCUGUUAAUGUAACUCUUCUCUGCCCUUAUCUGGCUGGGUCUUGCUAUUUAGAUAAUCUGAGGAUGGCCUCAGGGGCAGCCUGAAGUCUAGUGCAGAAUUAGCUGCCCCUAGAACUAUUGAGUCUCCUUCUCUGCCUGAACUCAGCCUCUAAGAUGCCUGGGAAGGGCACACUGGGUAGCUUUCCAGUCGGAUUUUGGCGUUUCUUAGAGGGGUUCUGUGAUGCCUUGGAGUCCACCACUGGUGUGAAGGUGGCUACAGAGGAAGGGGGCAAGUGCACUGCCUGGAAAUUCCCAGUGUGGAAAUGGCAUGGGGUUUGGCUGCUGUUUUGGGGACUGGGUUUAGUGUUCUCAGUGACUGACUGCUCACUUAACCAACUCCCUGCAAAGUCCUCCAGGACCUUCGCUCUGUGCGAAGCCCUGUGCUGGGCACAAGGGACAUGGGCAUCACACUGGGGCCUUGCUUGGAGCAACAGACCAUCUAGUCACUAGUAGGGGAGACUUUCUUGCCUAGAAAUAGGAGGGAGGUGGUUCUAUCAAUGCUGUCUGAGAGGCAGAAAUGAUAUGUUGCUAUGGAAACCCUGGGAACUGAAGCCAAGGGAGAGGUCAGAAAACAUUUGACAAAAACAGGUGGUUUUGAUCUAGGUCUUCAAGGAGGAGGGACUUAUUUUGGUAAACAAGAUAGGCAUGAGAGAAGGGGACAUGCCCAAGGGUUGAAGCAUAUGAGGUAAGACCAAACAGGUGGGAAGGAAUCAGACUUGGGAUAGUUUAAUAGGCCAUGCUAGGAAGUAUGGAAAACAGUCUUUUGCUCACUUGGUGAAAGGGUCUACCAGUGUGUGAGAAUGUGUAUGUGUGUGUGAUUUAAGGUUUAGAGCUAUAUGGAGACAUAGUGGUAGGAAUACCAGAAAGAAGGGGUCUGCAAUCCAAGAGGAGUCUGGGCUCUACCUACUGCUUAGCCCAUCUAAACACAAUGAGAAAAGGUUGGGGUGGGGGGCCGGGGAUAGGAUAGGUCUUGGGGGGCAGUCCUGGUUCAGCCAUCAACUAUGUGUAUGAUCUCUAGCAUGUCCCAGGCCCUGGCUGCCUCAUCUGUAGAAUUUGUUGAGCUCUCCUAUGUGCCAACCUCUUGAUAGCUACUGGGGAUAGAACAAUAAAUGAGACCAACGUGGGUCCUUCCCUCAAGGAACUCAGAGUUAAUAGGCAAUUACAGAACAGUGCAUAAUGAUUGGGAAGUAGUAAGGCUUUGGGACCUUAUAGAAAGGUCCUGGACAGAAAGUCAGAGACCAAGUUUGGGUGAGGUGGCAGCUCCCUGACUAUGUUCCUUUUAUGUUCCUACACUCCCUUUUAUGUUCCUCUGAGUAAUCCUUUUAGCUUUUUUUGAAUGUCUUAGUUUCCUGGGGCUGUUGUAACAAAGCAGCACAAACUGGGUGACUUUAAACAAUAGAAACUUAACUCCCUCGUAGUUCAUGAGACCAGUAGUCUGAGUUCAUGUUGUUGGCAAAGUUGGUUCCUUCUGGAGGUUCUGAGGGAGAAUCUGUUCCACUCUUCUCCCCUAGCUUCUGCUGGUUAUUGUCAAUUUUUGGUGUUUGGCAGUUUAUAGUAGCAUCACUCUGAUCUGCUUCUGUCAUCACAUAAAAUUCUUCCCUGUGUUUCCUCUGUGUCUCAGUGUCCAAAUUUCCCUUAAAAAGUUACAUGUGAUUGGAUUUAGGGCCCACCUGAAUCCAGCUGGACUGCAUUUAACUUGAAUACAUCUGCAAAGACCCUAUUUUCAAAUCAAGUCACAGUCAAAGGUACCAGAGGAUAGGACUUAAACAUAUUUUGUUUAGGGCUGCAUUUCAAUGUACCACACUGAAUUUGCUGAAAAGUUUUGCCAAUCACUCUGAUCUCAGUUGUGUUAUGCAAAACUGAGUAAAGAUAUCCAUGUUUGAGUCCAAACAAUGCAGGAGAAAGCAGUAUCCUCUGAUGCCAGGUUGGUGGAAGUAGCCAUAAUGCAUAGGCUUCCCAAGAUUAAGAUGACUUUUGAAGCAGCAAGAGUAGGACUUUUAAGGUCAACUGCUUCACUCCUCAGGAGAUUCUCCCUCUCCUGCUGUUCUUGGGCAAUCUUGGUGUUAUUUUACUUGGGAUGCUGGGAGAUCAUAGAUUUACUUAGAACUACAUUUAUAAACUGGAAGGAGUUAAGAUGAAAAAGGAGUAAACCAUUACGUGAGAAUGGGUAUUAAAAGAUCUGAAGAUUCCCCAGAAAUAAAUCCUUUUAACUAUGUAAACCAGUGUUACCUAAAUGUACUAAAGCACGAAGCUCUUUUUUGUAGGACAAUAUUAUAUUAGUUGUCUAUUCCAGUGUAACAUAUUAUCCUAAAACUUAGUGGCUUAAAACAAUAAUAAAAAGUUAUCUCAUGGUU